GGACACGAAAUACUGGAGCAGUUCCAGUUAUCCAAGACUUUCAGUUGGACCGGAACUAGGACUAACUUUUGAGAAAAGUUUACUUUAAAUUUUCCCCUUCAGUUGGCGAUGGAUGGCAGAAAGUGUUUCAAGUGUGGCAAAACGGGUCACUUAAAGAGAGAUUGUCCAGAAAAGGCAAACCAUAAUUUACAGAAUGUAAAAUGUUUUGCUUGUGGAAGGCAUGGUCAUUUUCAGAAGGAUUGUACCAACUUGGCAGACGGGAACACAGCUGACACAGCGUCUACCAGGCACUCAAAAAAUUCUACAAGAAGCCGGAAAAUGGAGGUGCAAUUUCCAGUCAGCAAGUCAAUGUUCAUUGAUACUCAUUGUCAUUUAGAGUAUGUUUAUGAAAGACUCAGACACACUGGAAGUUUGAAAGAGUUCCAGGCAAGGUAUCCGUUCCCACCAAAUUUUGAGGGUUGCAUUACAACAUUUUGUGAUCCUGCAGCUUUUUCGUCGUUUGGCACUUGGUAUGAUGUACUUUCGGAAGAGAGUGUUUGGGGAACAUUUGGCUGUCACCCUCACAAUGCCAAAUAUUACAACGAUGAGUUGGAAGCUAAAAUAAUUCAGUGUUUGGAUCAUCCCAAAGCCAUUGCCCUAGGUGAGGUCGGGCUUGAUUACUCUUCACAUUGUACAUCUCCCCCUGAAGUUCAAAAAGAAGUGUUUACUAGACAAGCCAACUGGGCUGUAACACUAGAAAAACCAUUGGUUGUUCAUUGUCGUGAUGCGGAAACAGACACGCUUGAAAUUCUUAAGUCCUGUCUACCACAAGACUGGAGAAUCCACUUGCACUGUUAUACUGGAUCAAGUGCAUUUGCAACCAGUUUUUUUCGAGAAUUUCCAAACCUUUUCAUAGGAAUGACAGCAGUGGUUACUUUUGCUAAAGCUACAAAUAUUCAUGAACUUGCAUUUGAUGUGCCUUUAGAAAAGCUUCUACUGGAAACUGAUGCACCAUAUUUUGUUCCAUCGCAAGUGGCUGAUAGGCAUAUCAAGUUCAGCAACCCUGGAAUGGCAAUAUUUACUGCUCAGAGAAUUGCAGAAAUAAAGGGUGUUGCAUUAGAAGAGGUCCUUGAAACAGUUAGAAAAAACACUGCACGUGUUUAUGGUAUUUAAUCUCAGAAUAGGAAUGGUUUUUUUAUUUAGAUAGGUAUCCAUUUAUGUUUUCACCAUAACACCAACUCUUGG